AUGGCAGGAACCAGUAUAUUCACCGUCUAUGAGGCCGCCUCGCAGGAAGGUUGGGUGUUCCUCAUGUACAGAGCAAUUGACAGCUUCCCCCGUUGGCGUUCCUACUUCUAUUUCAUCACUCUCAUUUUCUUCCUCGCCUGGCUUGUGAAGAACGUGUUUAUUGCUGUUAUCAUUGAAACAUUUGCAGAAAUCAGAGUACAGUUUCAACAGAUGUGGGGAUCAAGAAGCAGCACUACUUCAACAGCCACCACCCAGAUGUUUCAUGAAGAUGCUGCUGGAGGUUGGCAGCUGGUAGCUGUGGAUGUCAACAAGCCCCAGGGACGCGCCCCAGCCUGCCUCCAGAAAAUGAUGCGAUCAUCGGUUUUCCACAUGUUCAUCCUGAGCAUGGUGACUGUCGACGUGAUCGUGGCGGCUAGCAACUACUACAAAGGAGAGAACUUCAGGAGGCAGUACGACGAGUUCUACCUGGCGGAGGUGGCUUUUACAGUACUGUUUGAUUUGGAAGCACUUCUGAAGAUAUGGUGUUUGGGAUUUACUGGAUACAUUAGCUCAUCUCUCCACAAAUUCGAGCUACUACUCGUAAUUGGAACUACUCUUCACGUAUAUCCAGAUCUUUAUCAUUCACAAUUCACGUACUUUCAGGUUCUCCGAGUAGUUCGGCUGAUUAAGAUUUCACCUGCAUUAGAAGACUUUGUGUACAAGAUAUUUGGUCCUGGAAAAAAGCUUGGGAGUUUGGUUGUAUUUACUGCCAGCCUCUUGAUUGUUAUGUCAGCAAUAAGUUUGCAGAUGUUCUGCUUUGUCGAAGAACUGGACAGGUUUACUACGUUUCCAAGGGCAUUUAUGUCCAUGUUCCAGAUCCUCACCCAGGAAGGAUGGGUGGACGUAAUGGACCAAACUCUAAAUGCUGUGGGACAUAUGUGGGCACCUGUAGUUGCCAUCUAUUUCAUUCUCUAUCACCUUUUUGCCACUCUGAUCCUCCUGAGUUUGUUUGUUGCUGUUAUUUUGGACAACUUAGAACUUGAUGAAGACCUAAAGAAGCUUAAACAAUUAAAGCAAAGUGAAGCAAAUGCAGACACCAAAGAAAAGCUCCCUUUGCGUCUGCGAAUCUUUGAAAAAUUUCCAAACAGACCACAAAUGGUGAAAAUCUCAAAGCUUCCUUCAGAUUUUACAGUUCCUAAAAUCAGGGAGAGUUUUAUGAAGCAGUUUAUCGACCGCCAGCAACAGGACACAUGUUGCCUCCUGAGAAGCCUCCCUUCCACCUCUUCCUCGUCCUGCGACCACUCCAAACGCUCAGCAAUUGAGGACAACAAAUACAUCGACCAAAAACUUCGCAAGUCUGUUUUCAGCAUCAGGGCAAGGAACCUUCUAGAAAAGGAGACCGCAGUCACUAAAAUCUUAAGCAAGAGGCCAUUACCGACCAGCUCACCCAUUAGCAUCCGCUGUUGUCUCUACUUGGGAAGAUCACAUUGUCACUCUAGUGGAGUCAGAGCUUGCACCCGACAGCGCAUGCUGAGUGGAUCAUUUGAGGGGCAGCCCGCAAAGGAGAGGUCAAUCCUCAGCGUGCAGCAUCAUAUCCGCCAAGAGCGCAGGUCACUAAGACAUGGAUCAAACAGCCAGAGGAUCAGCAGGGGAAAAUCUCUUGAAACUUUGACUCAGGAUCAUUCCAAUACAGUGAGAUAUAGAAAUGCACAAAGAGAAGACAGUGAGAUAAAGAUGAUUCAGGAAAAAAAGGAGCAAGCAGAGAUGAAAAGGAAAGUGCAAGAAGAGGAACUCAGGGAGAACCACCCGUACUUCGAUAAGCCACUGUUCAUUGUCGGGAGAGAACACAGGUUCAGAAACUUUUGCCGCGUGGUGGUCCGAGCACGCUUCAACGCAUCUAAAACAGACCCUGUCACAGGAGCUGUGAAAAAUACAAAGUACCAUCAACUUUAUGAUUUGCUGGGAUUGGUCACUUACCUGGACUGGGUCAUGAUCAUCGUAACCAUCUGCUCUUGCAUCUCCAUGAUGUUUGAGUCACCGUUUCGGAGAGUCAUGCAUGCACCUACUUUGCAGAUUGCUGAGUAUGUGUUUGUGAUAUUCAUGAGCAUUGAGCUUAAUCUGAAGAUUAUGGCAGAUGGCUUAUUUUUCACUCCAACUGCUGUCAUCAGGGACUUUGGUGGAGUAAUGGACAUAUUUAUAUAUCUUGUGAGCUUGAUAUUUCUUUGUUGGAUGCCUCAAAAUGUACCUGCUGAAUCGGGAGCUCAGCUCCUAAUGGUCCUUCGGUGCCUGAGACCUCUGCGCAUAUUCAAACUGGUGCCCCAGAUGAGGAAAGUUGUUCGAGAACUUUUCAGCGGCUUCAAGGAAAUUUUUUUGGUCUCCAUUCUUUUGCUGACAUUAAUGCUCGUUUUUGCAAGCUUUGGAGUUCAGCUUUUUGCUGGAAAACUGGCAAAGUGCAAUGAUCCCAACAUUAUUAGAAGGGAAGACUGCAAUGGCAUAUUCAGAAUUAAUGUUAGUGUGUCAAAGAACUUAAAUUUAAAAUUGAGGCCUGGAGAGAAAAAACCUGGAUUUUGGGUUCCCCGUGUUUGGGCAAAUCCUCGGAACUUUAAUUUCGACAAUGUGGGAAAUGCUAUGCUGGCGUUGUUUGAAGUUCUCUCCUUGAAAGGCUGGGUGGAAGUGAGGGAUGUUAUUAUUCAUCGUGUGGGGCCGAUCCAUGGAAUCUAUAUUCAUGUUUUUGUAUUCCUGGGUUGCAUGAUUGGACUGACCCUUUUUGUUGGAGUAGUUAUUGCUAAUUUCAAUGAAAACAAGGGGACGGCUUUGCUGACUGUCGAUCAGAGAAGAUGGGAAGACCUGAAGAGCCGACUGAAGAUCGCACAGCCUCUUCAUCUCCCACCUCGCCCGGAUAAUGAUGGUUUUAGAGCUAAAAUGUAUGACAUAACCCAGCAUCCAUUCUUUAAGAGGACAAUUGCAUUACUCGUCCUGGCCCAGUCGGUGUUGCUCUCUGUCAAGUGGGACGUCGAGGACCCGGUAACCGUACCUUUGGCAACAAUGUCAGUUGUUUUCACCUUCAUCUUUGUUCUGGAGGUUACCAUGAAGAUCAUAGCAAUGUCACCUGCUGGCUUCUGGCAAAGCAGAAGAAACCGAUACGAUCUCCUGGUGACGUCACUCGGUGUUGUGUGGGUGGUGCUUCACUUUGCCCUCCUGAAUGCAUAUACCUACAUGAUGGGCGCUUGUGUGAUUGUAUUUAGGUUUUUCUCCAUCUGUGGAAAACAUGUAACGCUAAAGAUGCUCCUCUUGACAGUGGUCGUCAGCAUGUACAAGAGCUUCUUUAUCAUAGUAGGCAUGUUCCUCUUGCUGCUGUGUUACGCUUUUGCUGGAGUUGUUUUGUUUGGUACUGUGAAAUAUGGGGAGAACAUUAACAGGCAUGCAAACUUUUCUUCGGCUGGCAAAGCUAUUACCGUACUGUUCCGAAUUGUCACAGGUGAAGACUGGAACAAGAUUAUGCACGACUGUAUGGUUCAGCCUCCUUUUUGUACUCCAGAUGAAUUUACAUACUGGGCAACAGACUGUGGAAACUAUGCUGGGGCACUUAUGUAUUUCUGCUCAUUUUAUGUCAUCAUUGCCUACAUCAUGCUAAAUCUGCUUGUAGCCAUAAUUGUUGAGAAUUUCUCCUUGUUUUAUUCCACUGAGGAGGACCAGCUUUUAAGUUACAACGAUCUUCGCCACUUUCAAAUCAUAUGGAACAUGGUGGAUGAUAAAAGAGAGGGGGUGAUCCCCACGUUUCGUGUCAAGUUCCUGCUGCGGCUGCUGCGUGGGAGGCUGGAGGUGGACUUGGACAAGGACAAGCUCCUAUUUAAGCACAUGUGCUACGAAAUGGAGAGGCUCCACAACGGUGGCGACGUCACGUUCCACGACGUCCUGAGCAUGCUUUCAUACCGGUCCGUGGACAUCCGGAAGAGCUUGCAGCUGGAGGAACUCCUGGCGAGGGAGCAGCUGGAGUACACCAUAGAGGAGGAGGUGGCCAAGCAGACCAUCCGCAUGUGGCUCAAGAAGUGCCUGAAGCGCAUCAGAGCUAAACAGCAGCAGUCAUGCAGUAUCAUCCACAGCCUGAGAGAGAGUCAGCAGCAAGAGCUGAGCCGGUUUCUGAACCCGCCCAGCAUCGAGACCACCCAGCCCAGUGAAGACACGAACGCCAACAGUCAGGACAACAGCAUGCAACCCGAGACAAGCAGCCAGCAGCAGCUCCUGAGCCCCACACUGUCGGAUCAAGGAGGAAGUCGGCAAGAUGCAGCCGAUGCAGGGAAACCCCAGAGGAAGUUUGGGCAGUGGCGUCUGCCCUCAGCACCAAAACCAAUAAGCCAUUCAGUGUCCUCAGUCAACUUACGGUUUGGAGGGAGGACAACCAUGAAAUCUGUCGUGUGCAAAAUGAACCCCAUGACUGACGCGGCUUCCUGCGGCUCUGAAGUUAAGAAGUGGUGGACCCGGCAGCUGACCGUGGAGAGCGACGAAAGUGGGGAUGACCUUCUGGAUAUUUAGGUGGAUGUCAAUGUGGAUGAAUUUCUAGUGGUGAAAACUGUUUUCUAAUAAUUUCCUUGAUUGUCCCGUGAGCAAUCUGUAAUUGAUCUAUAGCUGAAUUCCAACUUGUCACAAGAUUUUUAUAAAUUGAUGUUCAUCCUGCCACAGAAAGGCAUAAGCUGCAUGUAUGAUAGGUCGCUAUCAUUGCUCAAAAAAAAUUUUGUAUAAUGACUGUACUGACAUUAGAAACGAUGCCGCAAGCAAAUGUAUAUCACUCAAAACUGUUAUAUAUUCUGUCUGUGUAAACUAAGGUAUAUAUUCAUAUGUGCUCUAAUGCAGUAUUAUCACCACCCCCCCAAAAGAGUGCUAAGCCCAAAGUGGCUGAUAUUUAGG